AUGCCACAGCCACAACAGAUCAAACAGAAAUCACGGGAUGAUCUAAGUGACACUGACACUGACACACCACUUGCUAAGAAGGCAAAGCUGACGGCCAUGGAAGAAAUAUUCAAAGAUGAAGAUGAAGUUGUGGUGACCCACGUUGAGCCACCCCUGCCAGUCCGACUGCGUAUUCAACAGGAGAUCCUGAAGUAUAAAGUCAUGCCAAAGCUGAAAUCAACAGAUGAUGCAGUUGCUUUCUGGAGAGGGAAAGCAGAUGAGCUGCCAUUGCUCAGUACAACCGCAAGGAAGUAUCUGGUUGUUCCCGGUACUAGUGUGCCAAGCGAGCGCAUAUUCAGUACAGCCGGAGAUAUCGUGUCUGCCGAACGAGCAACACUGGACCCAGAAAAUGUUAACAUGUUACUGUUCUUAAACAAGAACACAUAG